AUCGAUCAACAAGGCUGGAGAGGUGAUUGUUGCCUAUAAGUGCUUGGUUUGAACAGCUUUCAUGUGACCGUCAUACGCAUCUGGUACGAGUAGUUACAUUGGCAAACGUGAGUAUUAGUUUUGAUCUUGAUUGUGCCAGUUCACAACAAGUUAUAAAAGACACUUCCUGUUCAAAUUACUUAAAUUUUUAGCAUUUAGAUCGAAUCAGUUUGGAUUUGAAUGUGCGAAGACUUUCAUGAUGAGCUUUAAAACUGCAGCUAUAUUUUCUCUGUGUUGAAUGUUAUGUCUUGCCUUGCAUUAUGCUUGUCGAUUUGGGGAAUAAAUGAUUUUCUCAUAUUUUACAUUAGUCUUAACAAGGCAGCUCACUUGAACAUCGAGUUUCGCUAAAUUGAAAAUACUGAUUAGUGUUUAGACCUGUGAAUGCUUGUAUCGCUUUUCACGUUGGGUGAUUAGUUUGUUCAAUAUCAACAUAUGAAGAUAAUAGCUAUUAUUUGUGCACAACAUGGAAAAAUUAUCUGAGUAAAUUUCAGACAUUCAACCUACAAGCACGUGUAAACCGUCUGAAUGUGAAAUCAUAUCAUAAAGGUGUUUCUAACAGCUUCUAAACGUUUAGAAUGAAAUUAGUCUCUAUAAUACCACGACUCGGGAAAGUUUGUAGUAUUCGUUUAACUGUCAUGUUAUUAUUUUCAUUUAUACAAAAGGUUUCAUUUAUUAAAUGCUGAAAAAUGUCUAGCCGAUGAAGUGAGAGCCAUUUUUCAGCUAAUGCCCGCAGGUUUAUACGAAACCUAGAAUCUUCAAUCGUAUGGUUUAAUAAGCCUCAAAUUAUCUAUAGGUUAUAUAUUUAUAUUUCGUUAUUGAACAAUUGACAGGUAAUAACUCAACAGAUAAUCUCAACACUUAUUUGCGUUUUUGAAAUCACAUUUGGUUAUCCUCUAAUAGAACAUAUUAAAUAAGUAAACUUAGCAUUAGUACUUGAUAAGCUGUUGUAUGUACAUAAACGAAAUCUAGUUCGCGGUUAGAUCUUUCUAUUUUCUAUAGAAGAUGUGUGCUGUGAGGAUCUACAAUAACUCAAAACAUUUGAGGAGAAGUAUUAGAGGCAUCCUUAUCAUACACUCUCCGUACUUCUGAUUUUUCCAGGAGUUGAUAUCUAAAUCACAUGUCAGGGACUUGUCUCGAAGUUAAAAAUGUUUACAAUUUGUAUACUGAUUAUUUUCAAAGCCAGUAAGGUCAUAUACUAUAAUAGAUACAAAGUAAGUGUUCUAUUUCAUGCCCAACAAGUGAGCUCUAAGAGUGUUCACUACACAUUUCCAAGUGUUAUUUCAUAUUUUUUGCUUCAUUUAAUUUGAUUAUGACAGUGUUUGAUAAAUGCAAAAGAAAGAGGCCGAUGGCUUCACUGUCAUCCUAUACAAGAGACGAUGGUUUUCGCUACUCAUAUUCUGUCUGUGUUCAUUUGGAAAUGCUUAUCAGUGGAUUCAUUUGAAUAUAAUCUCUGAUAUAGUUUUGUUCUUUUGGGAUGCUUCCAUUCCAGGGUCAUCUGUAGAUACCAAGACAAUAUCUGUUGAUUGGUUGUCAAUGAUUUAUAUGCUCACUUAUAUUCCAUUGAUAUUUCCUUCUAAUUGGAUACUGAAUAGAUGGGGUCUGCGUGUAACUCUGCUAGUUGCUUCAGCUUUGAAUGCAGUCGGUGGUUGUAUUAAAUGUAUAGCGGGUGCGGUUACAUAUGAAACAACGUUUGGACAAUCUGACAUAUCUAUUCCAUUCAGCCAUAAACUUGGUUUUCCAAUACUUAUGUUUGGACAAACUAUUUGUGGAAUAGCUCAAUCCGGUAUAUUGGGUAUACCAGCCCAUUUAGCAGCAGUUUGGUUUGGAGUGAAUGAAGUUUCAACCGCCACUGCACUUGGUGUAUUCGGGAAUCAACUUGGUGUUGCAUUUGGCUUUCUAGUACCACCGCUUAUUUUACCAUCGAUACCUUAUAGUUCAAAUGGAACUAAUCAACUUGAUCCAAAAACAGAUGUGAAUCAAUUAUUCAACAAUGUUAAACACUAUAUGAUGAUUAUGCUGUAUUUUAGUGCCGCUUUAAAUUUACUUCCAUUUAUAUUUGUAUUAUUUGGUUUACGUGCAAAACCUAAAACGGAACCAAGUUUAGCACAAUAUAAACGUAAUGGUUCAUCAAUUAAUCAUAAAUUACAAAUCAAUGAUCAAUUAUCAAUUGACAAACCUUUAAAUGGUAUCCAUUCAAUAAUCAAUAAUAAUGGUCUAAAUGAUAAGAAAAACAAUAUUGAUAAAGAAUUCUAUACUAAAUCAUUAGAAAAUGAUCAACAAUAUCCAUCGCUUAGUCCAAAUGAAUAUUCCAUAUCAUCAACAAAACAGAAUACAACUGAUAAGAAUGAUUCAAUAAUGAAUAAUUUUGUUAUCAAUAUUGAUGAGAAUAGUAUAGAUGAUUAUUCUCAACAAUCAUUACAAAAUCAUCUUAGAAAUGAGAAGAUAUCAGCUGCAUUAAAACGUUUAUUUAAAAAUAUUCCAUUUGUUUUAUUGUUUAUUAGUUAUGGUAUACUUACUGGUGUCUAUUAUGCUGUUGGUACAUUGUUAAAUAGUAUUUUACUAGGAUAUUUCACAAAUUCUACUUUAUCUGGUUGGGCUGGUUUCACUAUGAUUAUUGCCGGUAUAUUUGGAUCAGUAAUAACUGGUGUAAUUUUAGAUAAAACAAAAAAAUUUAAGAUAAUCACAUGUAUUAUAUAUAUUCUAAGUUUAAUAUUCAUGGGAAUCUUUACUGGAAUAUUAUAUCUCCGAUCAAUGCCAAUAGUCUUUAUUGUGAUGUUCUUUUUAGGUUUCUUUAUGACCGGUUAUUUAAGUAUUGGUUUUGAAUUAGCUGCUGAAUUAACUUAUCCAGAAAGUGAAGGUUUAUCUUCUGGUUUGUUGAAUACAUCAGCACAGAUAUUUGGCCUUAUAUUGAUUCAUGUUGCAACACCAUUAAGAACACAUUAUGGAGUUUUGCCUGGAAAUUUAUUCCUUACAGGAUUAACAUUAGUUGGAACAAUAAUGACAGUAUUAAUUAAAGAGAAUCUUUAUCGUCAACAGGCACAUGGACGUAAGAAGGUUGAAAUACAAACUGUUCCCGCAUUUUACUUUUAAUUCCUGACACAUACUACUUAUACCUGUUCUUACAAGUAGAACACACCACAGAUGCAGACUAUUUGGUUGGAGUUCGAGCUAUUAGCUUAAUAAAUGAUGAACAAACUUCUAACGAAAGAAAUUAAUAAAGAUUUAAAUGGUCAACAUAAUGAAUUCAAUGAAAGUUGAAUAAUCUCUGGUUUUCUAGUUCAUUUCUUUUUUUUCUUUUUAAUUCCUCAAAAUUAUUCAGUAAAAUGAUCAAUGUCAAUAUGUGUGUAUGUGUGUGUGUGGGUGGGUGAGUGAGUGAGUGAGUGAUAGGGGAUGGAUGUUUGAUGUUUGUAUUUCAAUAUAUAGACGUAUAUAUAUAUAUAUGUGUGUGUGUUUUUAUGCAUAUAUAUUUACGUAAAAUAUGUUAAAACAAUUAUUUUGAUGUACUUCUUUUUUGUACUAUCUCCAUCUCCCUCCCUCCCUCAUUCUCUCUCUGUUACCAUGUCAAUCAUUAUCAUCAAUAUGAUCCCAUAUCAACAUACGAAAUGUAAUCAUUAAUAAUCGGAGAAAAAACAAAAUCUUAAAUACCAAAUAUCACCUAUAUUCAUUCUUUAUUAUCAACUUUACCAAGAUGUUAUUUUUAGGUGUGUGUAUGGAUAUAUUGACAUUCUUUUGUUUGUUUGAUUUUAAAAAAAUAUUUUUUCUAUUAACCUUGAUUACGUAAUUUUCUUCAAUUGAGCCCCUUCAACGAUGGCUAACGGGAAUAUAUAGUCCAUCUCCCUCUCCCUCCUCCUCCUCUCUCUCUCUCUCUGUUCGUUACCAUCUCCAUCAUUAUCAUCAAUAUUAUCCCAUAUCAACAUAUGAAAACAAAACAUCAAAUACCUAAUAUCACCUAUAUUCAUUUUUUUAUUAUCAACUUGAUCAAGAUGUUAUUUUUUAGGUGCGUGUGUGUAUGUAUAUGCGCGUGUGUGUAUCUAUGGUUAUAUUCACAUUUAUUUGUUGGUUGGUUGUUUUUUUAAAAGUUUUUUUUGUUUUCUACCGACAUUGAUUACAUAAUUUUCUACUGUUAUUUAAUUACCAUUAUUAUUAUUGUGAAUACAUGCUCGUUUUGAUUGAUCAUUAUUAUUAGUCGUCAUGGCUAAGUUCUUUCUCAUUGAACUAGAUUAGAUUCAAUUUUUUUUAUUACAUAAUAUUCACUUGACAACAACAAUAAAAAAAGAAAAAAAAAGAAAACAGAGAAAAAAAAAUCUACACAAAAACAUGAAUAUUGUUCUAUUUUCUAUUUUCGGUUACUCGUUUACAUGUUUUUCUCUCUUUUUUUUUUCUUUUUUCAUAGUGUCCUGUUUUCCCUCUUGCAUAGAUCAUUGUUUCUAUGUUUGUUUGUUUUUGUAUGUUUUAACUUUAUAUUAAUAUUGUUUAUAAAAUAUGAAAUUAGAUCAUAGUAACAAGCAGGUAAACCAAAUGUUUAUUUUUCUGUUCUUUUUUUUGUUUUUUUAAAAAAAAAAUAAAUGAGUUUAGUUUGUUAUCUAUUUGGUUUCAUUUUAAAUGAUGAUGUUUUCUUUAUGUGUAUUAGUCGAUGACAGUUUAUACUGGAAGCAGUGGACAGCCGUUUCAUCCUAUUAUGGGACACCUCAGCAAUACUCAUGAAUGAUCCCGUUUUACGAGACUCGAACAGAGGAUCUAUUAGUUUCGCUAACGAGCGCUUAACUACUAGACCGUUUAGCCGAUCGGCAUCCAACGGUGUUAAUAUCU